GUAUAGGGCCAGUCAAAAGCGCCAAAGAAUACGCCUCUCGGAGAUAGAAAGGCGUUCGUCAUAGGGUGGACCACUGACCUCAGAACCGAAGAUGGCAGGUGAAGGUCACCGCCGUCUGCAUUUGCAGAUCGCCCAGCAGCCGUGUAUAAAAGCUUCAUGUCCACAAUAGACACGGUCAUCACCAGCCUCCAAUACACUGCCUCUACGCUCAAAGCCCAAGCUCUUCCUAUUAUUGACUCGACACCAACCACUUGUACCCAAGACCAACUCAUACACACCAAUCCCACCAACAUGCCUCCGCACUCUCCCGAAGCCGCCGCUCAAGCCGCGCACGCCCACAUCUUCAGCCAACCCACGACCGAGCCCUACCGCAACAACCCAUGGGCUCUGUACCGUGCGCUCGACGAAUACAGCCAGACGCGACACCUCAUGAACUUCAAGGAAACCAAGCUCCGGGUCGCGAAGCAGCACCUCGAGUCCAUGCAGCCCAAACCCAAGACCGUCAUCGAGUUCGGGACCUACGUCGGCUGCUCCGCCAUCGCGUGGGCGGCCAUCCUGCGCGACCUGCACGGGCCCUCGGCGGACAACGACAUCCACAUCUACACCUUCGAGGUGAGCGAGUCCAUCGCCCAGGUGGCGCGGGACUUCAUCGAGCUCGUGGGCCUGCAGGAGGUCGUGCACGUCCUGGUGGGACCCGCGUCCGAGUCCCUGCGGGGGCUGGUCGAGCGAGGCAAGAUCGCCCCCGGCGGCGUCGACAUGGCGUUCUUCGAUCACUGGGAGAAGUUCUACCUCUCGGACUUGCAGCUGUGUGAGGAGCUGGCGCUGUUCCAUGUCGGGUCGAAGGUCAUUGCGGAUAACACGGAUAUUCCCGGCGCGCCGGAUUAUCUGGAGUAUGUGCGGGCUGGGGGUAAGGGAGGGGAGGGGGAGGUGCGGUAUACGACUCGGUCGUUUGAGACGGAGCAUGUGGUGCAGGGGCGGCCGAAUAUCGUGGAAGUGACAGACGUCGUGGCUGUCCGGUCAUGAUGCCGCAUGUGAUUCAAUUCUCCAUUGAGAGUUCUUUAUGAUUAGACGCAAUUCAUCACGUUGACGUGUAUGACAAUUCAGAUUUCCGGUCAAUGGGCCAUAUCCUUGACCAUUGUAUUUUCCUAGAAGACCAAUUAUGUGCACCAUGUAGAUGUGUAGACUUGCAGACUCGAUGCAGGGCUCCGCUAAAGUCCCAGGAGAUGCAUUCAAU